AUGGCGCCACGCUGCGCGGUGCCCUAUGGUGCCUCCUUCAGGCGCUUCUGCCCACAGCGGUGGCAAAGGGGUUAUGGUGUCGGGGCGCUGCUAAGCACGAGGUCGCGGGAUGAAAUCCCAAAUCCCGGCAGCGGCGGCCGCAUCUCCAUGGAGAUGAAAUGCAAUUCCACAACUCUUACUAAGACGAGAACUUCCGUGUGCCAAAAGACAAACAAGCAUCGGCCUUCAACCAAGAACGCAAAAGUGUACCAUGCUGCCUUCCCCUUCGGAAAGGCGUCCUCAUUCCAGAAUGCCUUGAGCUUGGGCCGCGUCCUGGGCCCUCGCAAUCAGCCGUUGCUGAUCCUCGAGGUCGGAGCUGGCCAAGGCUCUCUCCCAAAGCUCGUUGGUAUGGUUGUCAUGCAGAUCUCCGUGAAAACUCUCACCGGCAAGAGCAUCACCCUAGAGGUCGAGCCAAGUGAUACCCUCGAAAAUGUAAAGGCGAAAACCCAGAACAAGGAAGGUUGCCGAGCGGAUCUUUGCGAAAACUAUCACUGGCAAGACCAUCACCUUAGAGGUUGAGCCAAGUGAUACCAUCAAAAAUGUGAAGGCGAAAAGGCGGGACAAGGAGGGU